AUGCCUACCAAAAUUCCGUUAGACAAAGCCACCCUUAUGAUCCCCACCUGUACCGGUGAAAGGGACGUGUACCAAUUUAUUAAGGCUUGCGAUUUGGCUUGUUCAGCCGUGGAAAAAGAUGACCUACCCAUACUUAUGAAAUUUAUUAACACCAAGUUAUUCGAUCAGGCGUUAAAUGUAUGUCGAUAUAGGGACACCAGUGAUUGGGAGGGUAUUAAGUUAAUUCUGUUAGAUGCAUUUGAACCACAACAAUCGACAUCUUCAUUGCAAGUAGCAUUAAAUUCCGUACGAAUGAGAAACAAUGAGGACGUAGGUGCAUACGCGCGUAGAGUAGAACAAUUAUAUUUCAAUCUAUGUGUAGCAAGCACUAAGGGAAAAACUACAGACCAAGCUGAUACAAUUCGCGAUCAAUUAAAAGAACAGACGCUGGUAGUUUUUAUUAAAGGGUUAAUACCUAGCUUAAAGACCAUCGUAAAAUCCCAAAAACCACCCACUUUGGAGUUAGCAAUCCAGGUUGCUAAGGACGAAGAGACCGAGAUUAAGUCUGAGACCGAUGCAUAUCAAUAUUAUGGAGGCAAUAGUUCAGGUAGACAAGUAAACAACUCCACCGCGAAUACCAGAAAUUCUAACGGGCAAAAUAAUAAUUACAAUGCUCCGAAUAAUAAUAGACCUAAUUAUAAUUUAUCUAGACAAAAUUACAAUCCGAGAGGAAAUUUUAAUCCAAAUCCAAAUUUUAAUCGAUCACAAUAUAAUCGAAAUACGAAUUUUAAUAGACCUGAUAUAAAUCACGGUAAUAGGAAUAAUGUUAAUAGUAGUAAUCAAUAUCAGCCUCGAGGUAAUAAUAACUUUAAUCGCAAUAAUAAUUAUACACGUAAUUAUCAGAAUAAUAACCACGCAAUGGCCACUAUACAAUGUUACCAAUGCGGAGGAAAUCAUUUCGCUCGAGACUGUGUUCAAAAUCGUCAUACUAAUAACAAUAGUAACACGCGUCCAACUAACAACAAUUUCACGCGACAGCCUACUAAUUACAACGCUCCGGUAAACAUUAUAUGCACGUAUUGUAAAAAAUCUGGACAUGACGUCUCUAAGUAUUUCAGGAAACAAAAUAAUGAUAGGUAUAAUAAUGAUUCGGGAAACUCGCAAAGAUCGGGAGACAUGAGUGGCGCUCGCCCGAUAAAUUUAAUAGCCACAGUCGAAGAAGAUUUCGACGAUGUUUACACAUCGUAUCAGUCUUAA